AUGGCAGCGCAAGACCCGUUCUACCUCGUCCGGGACGAAAUACAGGAUUCGGUGUCCAAGGUACAGGAUGACUACAGCAAGUGGGAGCGGCUAGGGGCGAGCAGCCAGGAGAGAGAGACGCUCUCCAAGACAAUACUAGCCGACACAGAGACGCUCGAAUGGGAGUUGGAGGAGUUGGACAGAGUCAUAGGCGUGGCAGAGAGGGACCCAUCGCGCUUCAACAUAGAGCAGGGCGAGGUGGAGAGCAGACGCAAGUGGACAGGCAGCACGCGGGAUCAGAUCUCCAUGAUUCGAUCUGCCAUCCAGGCAGCGGCAUCGGAGCGGGCGGCGAUGCAGAAGGAGGCGGAGAGGAGGGAGCUGCUGAGAGUGCAGGCGGGCGCUGCUGCCAAGGCUGCUGCUAAGAGCAACGCUGGCGGGGAGAAUGAGAGCUUUGCUGCUUCGGAAGACGACAGACAAGCACUCAUUAUGAGGGAGCAGGACGACCAGUUGGACGCCAUGAGUCAGAGCCUGGCGCGGAUAGGAGGCAUGGGCAUUGCCAUUCACGAGGAGCUUGGCUCCCAGGUGAGCUACCAGGUGGUCAGGUGGGUUCUCAGGUGGUCAGGUGGGCUGCCAGGUGGUCAUGUGGGCAUUCAGGUGGUCAGUUGCGCUCUGCGUAACUUUCCUCUGCCAAGCAUGUUUCGCACUCGCAUCAACUUACUCUCCCCGUUAUCCUUCCUCUUUCCUCCCUCCCUGCUGCCCGAUUUCCUUCCCUGCCUCCGCCUUUUAAGGCGCCUCAAAAGCCAAGAAUGUUUCGCACUCGCAUCAACUUACUCUCCCCAUUACCCCUCCACUUUCCUCCCUCCCUGCUGCCCGAUUUCCUUCCCUGCCUCCGCCUUUUAA